AGAAAGCGAAAAAAAGAAGACGAAGAAGAAGAAGAAAGAGAAAGCGAAAAAAAGAAGACGAAGAAGAAGAAGAAGAAGACGCUACAAUUGCCGUCAGAGAUCAGGUGGAGUAAAACUGCCGGUGUGCCCGUUCAAAUGUGGACUUACAGGACGACAACACAGCAGAGUUGACUGUUCGCCCUCCCGUCUUACCGGUGCCUCGCGAAGGAUGGCUCCUCAAAUGAACGACAUCAUGCGCCUGUGCUGUGAAAUAUCGGCCCAAGAUCAGAUUAAGGUCGCGGUGAAAAACUCCACCAAAGGAGCGAUUGUGGCGGGAGGAACUGCCUUCGUCGGCGGCCUGCUCUGCGGACCCCCAGGGAUCGCUGUUGGUGGAGCGGUGGGCGGCCUCUUGGGCAGCUGGCUGACCAGCGGUCAGUUCAGGCCUCUGCCUGAGAUCCUGUUGGAGCUGCCGCCUAAUCAGAAACAGAAGCUCUACGACGACGUGGUGGCUGUCCUGGGCAACCUGAACUGGAUGGACGCAGCCCAGCUCGUCGCCCUUGUGAUGGGCAAUGCCACUCUCCAGCAGCAGGUCACUGCCGCGCUGCUCAACUACAUCUCGAAGGAACUCAGAGCAGAGGUGCGCUAUCAGGACUGAGUCCACCACUUUCAUGGUGUCAAAUGAGGCAGUUAGUCCUCACUAUCUUCAGUGUUUAUCCCAACAAGAAAGAAACUAUUGUCCCUUGUGAUGAAACUGUUUUAAGAAAGGUGUUGAUUCCACUUCAUGGCCGGUUUAAAGGCUGCAGUUGAUAUAAAUGGAGUGGACAUAAUAAUAGAAACACCAUUUGCAAUAAAAUAAAAGAGGGUUGGCUAAAUAACAGGAACACGUGUCUUUGUAAUACAAUAUAGUUCAAUAGCAACACACACUACGUCCUCCAGAGUGAUCAUACAGUUGAAUCAGCUUUGUCUCUAAAGCAGUUUCAGCUCUAGGGCAAAACCUCUGGUGUGACAUGGGUUGAAAUUAGCGAUGGAAUUAUUGUAUGGAAUUCAAUGAACGUUGAGACAACUUUAAUGUUGCUAAAUUGAUUCAAUUCAACUCAAGUUUUACUUUAGUUCAAUUUGAUGUUUAGCUACAAAUGUCAUUUUAGCUAUUAAUUGACCUUUGGGUUUAGACGUUGUUUCAACUUAAAUUUUUUACAACAUUGGAAAUGUUUUCAGGGAGGAUUUACUGCUGGACUGUUUAGUAGACGUGCAAACGUUUUUGCUAACAAAGUGCCAACUGAACGUUACUGUGGUAUUUUCUGUAUUUACUAUGAGCAAAAAUCCUGUGCAGAGCUCAAAUGUUGUAAAUGUUCAAGUCAAUGUGCCUCAACUGAGAGACAGUGGUCUGUCAGACAUUUGUCUGAAAGCUGAUGACUUUCUUAAAGAGACUUAAACAUCCUCCGUCAGGAUGUAGACGACUAUGUACACUAUAAUAUAAUAUAAUAUUACAGGAACCACAGAAACUUGCUCAACAAUGAAUUGGAUGGCUACCUCACACAAUUUUUUUUUCUCUGCUUUUGUAACUUCUGUCAGAUAUUGUGCCCAGGUCGUCAGUUACUCUGGAUUACAAUGUAAUGUCAUCAUUCACACACUCUGUAUCAGGGUGUUGUUAACGCACAGCACUGUGCCAAGGUUUUAUAGGCACUUACAGAUGUCGAGAUUUUGUAACCAUCACAACCCGAUCAGGGAUGCGUCUGAUUGGUCCUGCGGCAGGAAGAAGAGUCCAAACUUACAGCAGGGGUCAGAGGGAACUGUCUCCAGAGCGACCAGGAGUCCUGCAGCAGAUGAUAGGCCUCCCACAGUCCUGAUCUCCGCCUCAUGGAAACAGGCAUCCAUUAUGCUUUUGACUGAUUAUUUACAAUUCUCAGGAUUUACACAUUGUGUGCCAAAUUCACCGGCUUAUUAUGUCGAAAUACACUUAACAUCUUUUAUUAAAUGUCUUCAAUACAGAUGAGUGGACAGACAUGGGUGUAAACUACCACUUCCCUUUGCAACUCACACACAGAGGAAAUAAAUACAGGAUCACAUAUGAGCAUGGUUUAGGUCCAACAGUACAAAGACUGGGGUUUUGUGAACAAAGCAAAGUUGGUUCGGAUUCGAAAGUACGAAAGUUUGGAUUCUCUGAGACAGAUGAAAGAGUGUGUGUUUGAGCUGCACACAUUUUGUCAUAUUACAUUUGGUGUAAAAAAUCCCCAGGUGAGAACUGAAUGCUGUUACUACAAAAUGGAAAUCACCUGGAAAAUAAAAAAUGUCACUUGC